GAUACGGAAGUCCCUCGAAAUAAAGAGCCUGUGCUUUUAAAAAUCAAGAACAAUUGAACAAAGACGCACCAGCUUUAGCCUCACGCUUCCACCCAAAAUCCACCGAUUUGAAGCUUUUCCUUUUUUCAAUUCUACCCGAUUUUCUCGUUCGUUUAUUGUAUCGUACAAUUGGGAAUCUCGAUUCUUCAGUCGUUUCGCCGCAAAUGGCAGCGCCGAAGCCUCGCACCACUCGGUCCAGGUCUCACAGGGACGUUCCUGAUUUGGAGAAGAUGGACGCUGCUUACAGUUGGGACGCCCUUGAAUGGACCAAAAUUGAGCCUGUUACGCGGUCGGUUUCGCGUGUCAACUUGGAUUGCUUACUUGAGGCUGAACAAGUGAUUGCUGAGGGCUAUGGUGUUGUUCUUGUGAAUACUGAUGAGGCUGGUACCUUGUUUGUAACCAAUUUUCGUCUUCUAUUUCUAAGUGAAGGAACCAUGGACGUUAUUUCCCUUGGCACUAUACCACUGGCGACAAUUGAUAAAUUCAACAAAAUUGUUGUGAAGUCAAAUGCUGUCUCUCGCCAAUCUGAAAAGUCUUCACCAUCUAGGCGACUUCUUCAGGUCAUUGGAAAAGACAUGAGAAUUAUUGUCUUUGGUUUCCGUCCAAGAACAAAACAGAGGCGUAAAGUAUAUGAUGCAUUAUUGAGGUGUAUGAAACCGGCAAGAAUAUGGGAUCUAUAUGCAUUUCAGUGUGGGCCAUCCAAGUACAGUAAUACAGACCCAAAAGUUCGUUUGCUAAAUGAGUAUUUUCGGCUUCUUGGAAAGGGUUCCCUACAUGCAUCAAUGAGCAUGAUUGAAGAUGGAUCAUUUACAUUGUCCAAUGAAUUGUGGAGAAUAACUAAAAUCAAUUCCAGUUAUACUCUGUGUCAGAGUUAUCCAUUUGCAUUGGUUGUUCCUAAACACUUUAGUGAUGAAGAGAUGUUGCAGGCUUCUACCUUUCGUGCUAGAUGUCGUUUGCCUGUUGUUUCGUGGUGCAAUCCUGGGACUGGAGCUGUUCUUGCACGUUCAUCUCAACCUUUAGUUGGUCUUAUGAUGAAUAUGAGAAGUAAUACCGAUGAAAAGCUUGUUGCUGCACUUUGCUCGAAUCUUGCUGGUGUUCGAGGGUCACAGCGUAGGAAGCUUUAUAUAGCGGAUGCAAGGCCUAGAAAAAAUGCUUUAGCAAAUGGAGCCAUGGGAGGUGGCUCGGAGUCUUCAUCAAAUUAUUUUCAAUCUGAGAUAGUCUUUUUUGGGAUUGACAACAUACAUGCAAUGAGGGAAAGUCUUACUCGGCUAAGAGAGUACUUGGAUACACAUGGUGAAAAAUCAUCUGAUGGAAUGUCAUCAUUCUUGAGACAUGGUGGAUGGACUUGGGGUGGAGGUAAUCUUAGUAGCAUGUCUGCAUCUGUAUCAACCCUGGGAGAUAGUGGUUGGUUAAUCCAUGUUCAAAGCGUCUUGGCUGGUUCAGCAUGGAUUGCUGCACGUGUUGCUUUGGAAAAAGCAACGGUGCUAGUUCAUUGCAGUGAUGGCUGGGACAGAACAACACAACUAGUUUCACUUGCUAGCUUACUGCUUGAUCCAUAUUAUCGGACGUUUGCUGGAUUUCAGGCGCUGGUUGAAAAGGAUUGGCUAGCAUUUGGUCAUCCUUUCUCAGAUCGGUCUGGCAUGCCGACUGUAUCGGGAAGUGGUAACAUGCCAUAUGAACUAUCUAGGCAAUCUUCAACUGGAAGUUUUUCUUCUUCACCCAUGCGUCAGUCAUCUGGAGCAUUCAUAUCUCAAGCUUCCAGUUCUCCUCAUGCACAAACAUCCAACAACUGUUCUCCCAUAUUCUUACAGGCAUUUCUUGUGGAUCUGUUGGAUUGUAUGCUUUCUUGUCGCUUUGGGAACUUCUUAUGCAAUUGUGAGAAGGAGCGUCAGCAAUGUGCAGUUUCUGAAGUUUGUGGCUGUCUAUGGGCAUAUUUAGCCGAUUUACGAGCCUCGGAAGGAGGUUCACAUGUGCAUUAUAACCUUUUCUAUGAUCCAACGAUUCCUACCAAACAUGAAGGUGCUCUCUUACCUCCUGCAGCAGCUCUAGCUCCAACUCUCUGGCCACAAUUUCAUCUUCGUUGGGCUUGCCCAAAAGAAUCUCAAGCUGGGGAACUUGAAGUCAGAUGCAGGAAAAUGGCUAUACAAUUAUCUGAAAUGCAGAAGGACAAAGAAAUAGCCGAGAGAAAAGCCCAGGAGAUGACGGCUGCCAUGGAAUCAUUAAAAUCAGAGUUGCAAAACGAGAAACAGUUAAGUACAUCAGCUAGGAACGUUGCAAAAAAUGCAAGCAAAGAAUGUGAAGCCAUAAAGAGAGCAAUUCAGUCUCUAGGUUGCAAGGUUCAAGUCUCUAGUAAUGGCUAUUGUACUGUUGACAUUGAUGGCGACCUGAUGAAAAAAUCCAACCAGAAAAGUCAUCCUGCUUCAAGAAGGACUUCACAUCGUUCACUGCCAUCCCCUAGUGAAGAGAAUGAUCUCUCCCUUUCUAUAACAGUUACAGCAGAUGAUGUGCCAAGUAACCCCCUCAGUCACAUCUGUGAAGCUCUUUGCCCAUUACGCACUCGGGAUGGAGGAUGCCAGUGGCCUGAUGCUGGUUGUGCUCACAUGGGUAGCCAAUUUAUUGGAAUGAAGGCAAAUUUCGAAGCAUUCGAUCAACUAUCCAUAUAUGAUGGUUAUUUCAAGCCAGAGUGAACAACUUUUGCACUUGGUUUCCAAGUCAAACUAACAACAUAAACCGUGCUCUUACAAAGGAUAUAACAUAAGUUAUAUGAGGUAGCAAUUGCAUAUCACGGACCCCAGUUAUUAGGGAAGGGUCUCAGGUUGGUGUACAUAGAACGUUGAGUUAGCUGGUAAAUCAAAACUACGACACUUGUUCAGGGCAACAAGGAAAAGUUGGUUUAGUUAGUCACAAGUUUUUUGCUAGCUUGUUAGAAACUCAUUGGUUUUCUACAUAAAUUUGGUCUCUGUACAUGUUUUACACAAGAUGUAUCAUUCUUUUAUGACAACCAAUAGUAAUAAACUAAUGCUGGCUUACAGUUCAUUGCUCA